UGAAAUUUUGCUUGCUGUGGUCUCUGUAAGCACGGAAAGUGUAGAAACGGAUGGUUCGUCUAUGGAUUAUAAAUUGCCUUGUAAUUGGCUGUGGCAAUAAAUCCUGUACUUUGAUUGGCUCAAUAGUUACGAAUGGAACGGUGCAAAUCACGUGCACAGACCACGUCCGGCAAAAAACCAGAUAUAUUUUUUUUCCCGUCACGACCAGCGCAAAGUUCUUUAAGUCUUCACUCUCGUAACUAGCAUGUCACAACGAUCCAAACGGUCUGUCAGUGAUCUUGACAACCAUGACAUUCCAAUGCCCGACGCAUCACCUGUCAAGAAGACUCGAGGUGAUCGCCUCCAACGCAUGGGAACUGAUGGAGGAAAGUCUCGCUUAGAAGUUCCAAAGAAGCGAACCAAGACCGGCCAGGUUUACGUGUUUGGCAAUGGUGAUGUUGGUCAGCUUGGUCUAGGUGACGAAAUGCUUGAGCGCAAACGUCCCAUGCCACUCAAGUCUUUGGAAGAUGAAGAGAUUGUCGACAUUGUCGCUGGUGGUAUUCAUACCAUCGCCAUUACAAAAGCUGGAAAGCUUUGGAGCUGGGGAUGCAAUGAUCAAGGUGCUCUUGGUCGUGAAGGAGAAGAAAUGGAACCCGCUCUGAUCGAAGGGCUGGAUGACGUCAAUAUUGUUAAACUCGCCUGUGGUGACUCCAUCAGCAUUGCCCUUUCAGCGGAAGGAAAAGUUUACAGCUGGGGCUCUUUUAGAGCGGACGACGGAAUUUUGGGUUUUUCAAAGGAUCAGAAAGUCCAAUCCAAACCAGUUUUGUUCUCGGCUCUGGAAAAGUUUAAGGUGGUCGAUAUUGCUGCUGGCGCAGAUCACGCCAUGGCUUUGACCGAUGAAGGUCAUGUUUACAGCUGGGGUGAUGGUAAACAAUUCCAGUUGGGCCGCCGAAUCAUGGAACGACGCAAAACAAACGGUUUAGUGCCGGAACGACUUGCGCUUCGCAAUAUUGUUCACAUUGCAUCUGGAUCGUAUCACUCGUUUGCUUUGAACGAUAAGAACGAACUCUACGUAUGGGGUUGUAACAACUUCAAGCAAACCGGUUUGUCUGAAGAAUACGGCGGUCGUGUUCCCGAUGUCAUUGAAACCCCUACUCAGCUUGAGACCUUUACCAACGAUCUCAUUGUCAAGCGUGUUGAUGCCGGCGAGCACCACUCUGUGGUUCUUUUGGCUAACGGAAAUGUCUAUACCUUUGGCCGUGCCGAUUCAUCACAGCUCGGGCUUCCUGACUCGCUUUUGGACUCUUUAGAAAAACAGGAAGACGACAUGUACCAUGUAGAACGUGAGUCAACUCACAAGCGCGCCAUUGGCUUGCCUACAGCUGUUCCAAACCUAUCCAAUGUACAUCAUAUUGCUGCUGGUAGUAAUCAUACCAUUGCAGUGACCAAAGACGGAAAAGCAUACGCAUGGGGUUUCGGCGAAUCGUACCAGCUUGGUAGCGGAUCAGACGAGGAUGAAAAGGUUCCUCAUUUGAUCGAAGGCCAAAAGAUCGAAGGCAAAGAGAUUCUCGUUGCCGCUGCUGGUGGUCAACACUCUGUCAUUCUCGCCGAAUAGUUCUAUUUUUCCUGUGUUUUUGUAUACUUUGCCCCGUUACUUACCACAUCCCACAUUUUCUCCCACAACAAUCAAUAAAUACCUGAUAGAAUGUUUCUAAAAUGCAUGUGCGCCGAAGUCAUGUCCUGCCAGGUUGAUGUCAUCCACAUUAACAUCGUAAAAAACGUUUAUUCAGAGGUAUUAUUUACAAGUUCGUUGCCGU